AAGAGAAGUAUACACUUAAACAACCGGAACUUCCGUCCCAGCAUAAGAUGCCAGCCAGAAAUAACAGCACGUGGCUUCUGUAAUGUGAUAUUCCACUAAUUUUGCAACUUUGAUCAAUAACUAACGUUGAUGAUGGGGAAAAGUAAACAUCGAAAGCGAUAUGGACUACCUCGGCCACAACCCACCGGGAUCAUUGCUAAUUUAAACGAAGAGGAACAGUCUGUUACUAAUGGACCUUCGUUUGUUACACUUAUUGAUCAAAAAUCUCUCUGUUGAUGGAGGCGUUGCAGUCUGUGAGAAAAUGGUUAACAGUGAUGUAUUAACUAUGGUUAUUGGUUUAUUAAAGAUGUAUGAAGUUGGCUGGGAACCUUCAAAAUUAUGGGAUGAAAAGUUGGCUCAAUUAAAAACUGAUACAUUUAUUCAAGCUGUUCAUCUCUUAUGGAAUCUAUGUGAAAAUUCAGAGACAGCUGUUCAAAUAUUCAACAAAGAAAAAUUAGCCCAUCCCCUUGUGUAUUGUUUGAACCCCAAUAUCUAUGGAUAUCCUUUGGUACUUGCUGUGGCUCACUGCUUACACACUGUCACUGAUAGCAACCCUGAAGUAUGCACAUAUCUACAAAAUGAUGAACCACUCUCUCAGAUCCAAUCCUUGACAACUAUUAACACAAAUUCAAUGGAUGCUUUACUUUUGCGUGCUGUAGCUACAGGUCUCUUGGUGAAUGUGUUUGGAGACCAACUGAGCACUGCUAGUGGUCAUCUUGUUUCUCCUAUCCUCUCCACAAUUGCUGAUGUGCUGGCAAUAAACACACAUGAACAUUUAGUAUCAGAAGCUGAUAAAGUGAUUGCUUUACAGGUAACUGAUGUGUUGGAUGAAGCAAUGAUGCCAAUAGCUGAAGUGUCUAAUGGUACUACAUCCGAAGCAGAAGGAAUAGAGAUGUUAGAUGUUAACAACAAAACAAAUGGAACAGCUCCUGAAAAGGUAGAACCGACAGUUGACAAGACCACAGAGAUCAAUAAGAUUAUAGCAAAUGCUGAAACUUUCCUCAAGGCACAACAGUUAGCUGUGGAAAUAGCUGCCAAUUUAUGUUCUGAAGAUGAUGAUUAUGAAGAAGUAGGUAGUGAAGAAUCAAUGUCAUCUGAUGAAUUUGUUUGUGAUGUUGAUAUGGAAACUAAUGAAUCUAGUUCUGUAUUGCCUCCUUGUUGUCUUCCAUCUGAACUACACCAUUGUUUUGUGAAAUUUGAUAUUCUCAAUCAUGUUCUAAAGAAAGUCGAAUGUCCUCCAUUGUCAACCAGUUGCCCUUUGAAUACACCAAACAAAAGGAUUGCCAAAUGUCUUUUUCAACUCCGUGUCCAUGCUUUGCUCAGUGCUGCUAAUAUGAUCUCAUCACUUAGUAUUGAAACUAUUGGUGGAAUUGAACGAUUGCGUAGCAUCUGGACUGGACUUGUCAGUAUGUGUCACAUGAAACAAGAUUCAGAGAUAAACUGUGAUGUUGACUAUCUAGAAGCUGUGAGCAGUGCUUUGUCAGCCGUGGCUCAGAAAUUUGCAGAGUGCAAAACUAUUAAGUUGGCAGAUAUAAUGUCAGCUGAAUCCAUGGUUUUGUUUGAAAAGAUGCAGGAAAGUCCAAAUGAACAGAUCCGGAUCAAUUCCAUUCGAGUUUUAUCAUCAGUUGGUUCUACUUUACUAAUAAAUUCAUCGACUCACUGUGAACUGAAGCCAAUUGGUAUAGCUUUGAUGAACAUAGCCUGUCAAGAUAAGAGUUUACAUGUUGUUGCUGAAGCUCUCAAUGCUAUAUUUGACAUUUUUGCUGAAGAUGAAGUUGAUCCAGUUCUAAAGGAAAUUAACCUCAUAGAUAAUUUAAAGCCUGUUUUAUCAACCCUGAAAGGCAAUGCUGUUGGUUCCCGUUCACAGAAACAGAAAUACAAAGACCCUGUGAUAAGCACUGCCAAACUAAACUUGAUACGCUUCAUUAAAUACAAGUCCUCACUCGGUGCUUCUACUUCUCAACAGACAACUGUAUCUUGUAACAAAUAAAUCUUUUUUGUUCAAUUUA